AUGGCCUCUUCCAAUCCACCUGCAGCAGCGGCCGCUGCUUCCCCACAAUGCGACGAAAGCCUGGCACGCAAAUGGGCCGCCUUGGAGCAGUUGACUCAAGUGUAUGGUUUUGAGGCAGGCGCUGCCAAGCAAGCCAUUGAAGUGUGCGGUCCAGACGUGGAAGCCGCUUGCGCCUUUAUUCUGGACUCUGGUUUGGGCCAGGAUCAGGGUGGUCCGGUGGUACCCAUUGACAAUUGUCCUCAUUUGCAAGAUCACGUGAAAAUUUCGGCUUCUGGAGUGGAUGAUUCCUUUUCGCCUUCCUCGACUUGUUGCUCGUACACAACAACAGCAGAGUCCACUACUGGAGGGGCAACCGGCAAAGCCAAAGCCGAUGUGGACGAUACUGGAAUGUGCCCUUCCAAAGAAAAUUGGUUUUGUUUGGAAUGUGGGGUGCUGCGUUGCUCUCGAUAUGUGAAUGGCCAUGGGUUGAUGCAUUGGGAGGAAACCAAAAAGAGCAAUGCUGAUAGUCCAGCCGUUGGCCACUGUGUGGCACUCAGCCUCUCGGAUCUUUCUGUUUGGUGCUAUCACUGUGGAGCUUACGUGACCCAUCCAUCUCUGAAUCCCAUCCUCAAGAGAAUGGAAGAGCUGAAAUUCAUGCAUCUCGACACAAAGAAACCUGCUGCAGCACUUCCAACAGCAAGUGAGUGA